UCGCCAUCGCAGUUCACGAGAGAGAAAAAAAGUCACACCGGAUGAAGCACACAUGAACUGGAAGCGAUUUAAUUCUGACUGUUACUAAAUAUCCUUCGUUGUCUAAAGUUUUUAUUUUUGUUCACAACACUGCGCGUAUUUUCUUCCCCUCCCUUUUUUUUUUUUUUUGCUUAAACUCGAGAAAUAGCACGCCAUGUAAUAAAAUGUAAACUUUUCUUUGUAGCUUCGCAGACACAUUAACAUCGGACACUGUCACGCGCAGCGUUCUCGCAAUCGUCCCGACGAUUUGUUGCAAGCAUGUCGGAACCGAGAGGCAAAAGGCUGAAAACAAGUUUCCCCAUCUGCAAGACGCACAGGGCAACAACCGGGAGCCGCGCGAAGCAGAAUCUCCCGGCUGUGGUCGAGGAGAGCGUGUGCGGUGUGACGACCUUCCUCUUGGAGGCUGCGUACCGACUCGAAGCGCUGGCUAAAGUAUUCGAGCAGGACGACCACGCCUUGCCCCGCGUAGCGGCCUUUUUCAAGCGGGAGUCGGAGAGGGAGCAGGAGCGCGCGGAGGCCAUGAUGCAGUACCUGAACGAGCGCGGGGGGCAGUACUGCGGCAAGGACAUCCAGCGACCCGGGUGCGAGAGUGUGGGUGCGGUGCUGCAGGCCCUGGAGCUCACCCUGGCGCAGUGGAAGGAGGUCGAGGACGUGCUGGUGGAGCUGGUCCGGUGCGCCAAGGAACGUGGCGACGCCCACACCGCCAGCGUGGUCAAGAGCCGCUUCCUGGGCCCGCUGGUGCCCCGGGUCAAAACGCUGGGCGACCUGGUCACCAGCGCCCGAAAAGCCGGCUGUGCCCCCGACGGGACCGGGGGGUUCGGGGAGUACCUCUUCGACCAGCUGCAGGAGGAGCUGACCAGUGCCUGAACCCUCCACCCCCACCCCCAC